CUUUUCAUGUCUCUCGCUCUUCCUUCUCUCUCUUCAAACACUCCAUACUACUUGAAGUUGAUGAAUCUUUCUUUCUUUCAACCACCCACCACUGUGUGUUAUUUUUCACCUUCACUGUGUGUACAAACAUAGCAAGCUAUGGGGUCUCUGGGUAAUAACGAUUUCAAGAAAGCCGUUUGGAUUUACCCUAGAUUCAUGGGGUUCAACCCUUCUGAACGAUGGGGGCAUUCUGCUUGCUUCUCUAAUGGCUUCCUCUAUAUCUUUGGUGGAUGCUGUGGCGGUCUACAUUUCAGUGAUGUUCUGGUGCUAAACCUCGAAACCAUGGCUUGGACCAAUCUAGCAACAACCGGGGUUGGCCCCGGUCCAAGAGACAGCCACAGCGCGGUCAUUGUAGGUCAAAUGAUGAUUGUUUUUGGGGGAACAAAUGGCUCCAAGAAAGUCAACGACAUUCACAUACUGGAUCUUUUGACUCAUGAAUGGACACGGCCGAACUGUAAAGGAGUUGUUCCUACACCUCGAGAGAGUCACACAGCUACCAUGGUCAGUCAUGACCGAAUGGUAAUUUUUGGUGGCAGUGGAGAAGGCGAUGCAAAUUAUUUGAAUGAUUUGCAUAUUUUGGACCUUAAAACAAUGAAGUGGAGUUCACCCGAACCAAAGGGCGAUGUGCCCAUGCCUAGGGAUAGUCACAUUGCGGUUUCCGUGGACAAUAGAAUCUUUAUCUAUGGUGGUGAUUGUGGUGAUCGUUACCGUGGUGAUGUUGAUGUUUUCAAUGUUGACACAUUGACUUGGUCAAGGUUUGGUGUACAUGGACCAUCGCCAGGGGUUAGAGCAGGACAUGCUGCGGUUACCAUUGGGACAAAGGUAUACAUGAUUGGUGGAGUUGGUGACAAGCAAUACUAUAAUGACGUUUGGAUGCUUGAUACAGUUGCUUGUUCAUGGACGCUGCUAGAGGUACGAGGCCAACAGCCACAAGGGCGUUUUUCUCACACGGCUAUUGUCGUGGAUUCCGAGAUAGCUAUUUACGGAGGAUGUGGUGAGGACGAAAGACCUUUGAACGAGCUACUCAUCUUGCAGCUUGGAUCAAAUGGCGGAUACAACAUGCUUGGAAGUAAAUGCAACCACGAAAAACGGCACUUUUUACACGGACAUAAAGCCAACAUGAAACAGUUGUCGGCGUUCAGUUCAGAUCCAAUGCACAUGAGGAGAAAAAGAAAGUUAAAUUCAAAAGCUUGUGAAGUAAUUGAAUCAGAACAGGAAGAACAUUCGCUUUCUCUUUCACAACACUCGUCUCCAUCCCACUCUGAUCAAGAACGGACACUCAUCAAUAAACCGACUAACUCAACCCCUCAAGUUUUACCUCUGUUCAAGAAUCACAAUCAUAUUUCAAGCACUCGCAAGCAGAUCCCGGGUACCCAAUCGAAUCCUAUAAUGAUUCAAGGUCGAACUCCACAAGAUUCGAAUUCCGUUCACCACAAGCACCAUCAAAAUGUCCAUGAAACUCGAGCCGAGCAUAGAAAUAUUGAGCCACUAGUCGUUCAAAAUCUGAUUGGCGCAGAAGUUCAUGGUAAAGUUGAUGGAGCAUUUGACUCGGGUUACUUGAUGACUGCAACAGUCAAUGGUCGAAUUUUUCGAGGAGUCUUGUUCCCUCCGGGGCCUGAAGUUGUUUCCCGAGGUGCUUUCCGUGGACACAGUCGUGGAUCUCCCACAAGCCAUAUGGCUCAAAGAAACUCACAUAUAAACCAGGCUUUCAUUAGGCACUCACACAAUAGACCAUCGCAUGCAUCUGAAGCAAGUCAUCACGGCUAUCUUCAAGAUCCUGAUGUCCAUAGACCGUCUUCGGUACUUCGAUCAGUUCCAGCUCUCUCAUUAGGGAGAGAACAGCCGAAGGUUCAGAGUGAACUGCAUGGAGUCGUUCUAACACUGGGUGGACCGGGGAGUGGCCAUGGUUGCUGAUAGAGCACAGGAUUUGAUUAUGUUAGCUCCCAUUUUGUAUAUUUGAGAUAAGGCAGUCUAGAUUUCGCUUUCCUUGUGUAAAAUCUACAACUAGUUAUGCACACGCAUAAGAUUUCGAGUGACGUAAUUGUUUAUUCUUUUUCAUUGUUUGCUCUUCGAAACAAUGUUUUGUAACCUUUAAAACAAAGAGGUCAUUCCGAAAUCUUCAUUUCCUUGACUUAAUC